AUGAGGUUUACUGCAGCCAGGCAGAUAGGGGAAAUUGCCAAAUCACAUCCUCAGGACCUGAAUUCUCUGUUGAGCAAGGUGUCCCAAUAUCUGCACAGUAAAAAGUGGAUACCAGGGAUGCUGCAGCUCAUGGGAGCUAUUACUGAGAAUGUAAAACAUACAUCUUUGACUGAGCUCUCUAAAAGUUUUGAAAUGAAAAUUUCAGAAGCUGGGAUUUCUGGCACCUUUACCGACAUCUUGACUUGGCCUAACCGCAAUCCUGAAAAUUCAACAAACACAGACCUACCUCUUCCUGUUGGAUUACGAGGAAGACCUUGA